GGGGUCGUGACGUCACCUAGAGCCGGUGGUGAAGGCGAACAUGGCGUCCGUGAGGAUGCUGAGUGUCCAAUCUGCUGUGAUGCUCCUGGCUGCUCUGCUCGCUGUUUUCGCGGUUGGAAAAUGCACAGAACAAGUUCCUCUGCUGAUGUGGACCAGUGAUGGAUUUUCAUUGCCACCCCAGAGUGACCUGACUGCAGGUCACACCGUAACAGGGCAGAAGCUCCGGUACUACCUGAACACCGCAUUCAGAUCUGCACCUCGCAACGUCCUGUUAUUUUUUCAGGACAAGUUAAGUGUUGAUGACUUUACCAAGUACGCCGGUGUGUUUGGGAACAAACAGGGCAGUGCCUUUCCCAAUCUGGAGUCGAUGCUACAGUCCUCCUCGUCUCUGCUCCUCCCGUCCGUGUUGUCCCUGGCCAGCGCCUCCCUCCCCACCCUACUACAGGACGAGCUGAACACUGCACCGCUCUACAUGGACCCGGACACACUCGCUCAGCUGAGACUCAAUGCCUCUGUCCCCGCUCUGCUCAUCUUCAGUCUCCCAUACAGCUCCUCUGGGGCUGAUAUGAUGUCUGUUAAAGAGGUACUCAGUGGCAACGAUGAGGUGAUCGGUCAGGUGCUGAGAAUUAUGGGUAGUCAGUCUAUCCCUUACACAGCCAUUUACACCGCUCUCCAUCCCUCACGGGUGUUGGAGGAGGCUUUUCCGGAGGUGCGUUCUGUUGGAGCUCGCGCUCUGCUGCAGUCCAGGCGUGAGGACUCUCCUGCUCCUUAUGCCCCUGUGGAGUUUAAGGAACGUGGAUCUACCUGCAUCCUGCUGUGGGCCAAGAACCUCACCGUGAGUGAAUAUCGCUCAGGAAAGUGGGAGAGACACAACCUCGGCCCUAAAACCUUCGGAGAGGGGGUCUCUCCUGAGCUGGAGGGAUCUUCCUGUAAUGCCACACACUCCAGGCUCGUCCUCAGUUAUGAAAACGUGUUAAGCUACCGCUCUUUUAAACUCAUCUUUGUGAUGACUCAGAGGCACUAUAAGGUUUCCGCACGCCGCUGGUUCACUAUGGAUCGGGUUCAGCUGCAGUAUGACGGCAAAACUGCUUCGUUUAAUGCCAGCCGUGGAAUCUACGCUCCAGCUGAGUACUCGUACCGCUGCCACUCUGUCACCAGCUUCCGCUACCCACAGCUCACACCUCACUCAGCCAAGGACAACGCCAACGACUGGAGGAUCGCCUUCGACGACUUUCAGAUUCAGGGCUUUAAUGUUACAGGGAAUGAGUUCUCUUACGCCAGCGACUGCGCCAGCUUCUUCACCCCAGGGAUCUGGAUGGGACUGCUGACCUCGGCACUCAUGGUUCUGCUCCUCACCUAUGGCCUUCACAUGAUCAUGCAGCUGCACACCAUGGACCGCUUCGACGACCCCAAAGGCCCCGCUAUCUCAGUCCCACAGACAGAGUAACAAGCCCCACCCCUCCAUCUCCCAGGUAGAAUAGCAAGCCCCGCCCCUCUCCACCCCCAGACAAAUUCCUCCAUCUCCCAGGUUGAAUAACAAGCCCCGCCCCUCUCCACCCCAGACAAAUUGACAAGCCCUACCCCCUCUAUCUCCCAGGCAGCAUAUUAAGCCCCUCCCCCAUCAAUUCCACAGACCAAGUGACAAGCCCUGCCCUGUCAAUCCCACAGACUUUUUAACAAGCCCCACCCUCUCUCUAUUCUGAUUCUAUUUCAUUUCAUCAGUGCAAUAUAAGUAAAUCAUUCCACUUUCUUCCUCUGAUUGUGUGUGUGUGUGUGUGUGUGUGUGUGUGUGUGUGUGUGUGUUCAGAACGUUGCUCGUGUCCCUUUAUUCCCUUAUGUCAUCAGCGGCGACGUGUUCAGACGUGUUUGUGUCAGAUGUUAUGUUUGUUUUGUCUAACAGUAAUUUAACAGCAGUGUAAGAGCUCCAGAUUAAACAUGUCACUCCACACCAGGGUCAGACUGAGGCAGGGGGCGUGGCUUAGAGUCUGAAGAGUGAACAUUUUAAAGUGAUUUGGUUUCUAAUAUGUUUAAAUUCUCUGGUGUUUUAUAAAAGAGUAUAUACAUAUAUUUGUGUAUACAGAAUGCUGAUUUGAUCGGUUUGAUGCUAAAUUGUUAGCGACAUUAGCCACUCGUUUCCAGAACACCGAGCCUUCCUCAGUCGAUUGACUCCAUUCACACAGUGUGUGUGUGUGUCUUAGUUGUGUAGUGUUAAUAACUAGUAAUACACAGAGGUAAUUACUGGUUCUGCCACUAGAGGUCAGAUGUUGAAACAUAUUCCUACACACCAUAAAUGACCAAAAGAGGUGUGUUUUAUUUCAUGGCUCUGAAGCUUCUGGCAUUCAAUCGAUUAAUGUCUCUAAGCGCUGAGUAUCUGAGAUAUCUGUGUACAUUUUGGUCAAGAUGAUGCUAUUUAUUUAAAUAAGGUUGUUUAUAAGUGUACAUAUAAUAUGACAUGAUAGCAGUUGAGUAGCUAGAUGAAUUAUUUAUUUGUAGCACGAGUGUGUUGUUGUUGUUGUUGUUGAUUUUCGUGGCGUGUGUAUUAACAGGAUUAAAGAUAUUUUGUGUUGUUUAAGCUGUAAGCACUUGGGGGAAUUGAACUGAUGUACAUGUGAAUGCUUAACAUGUGUGGAAUAAAUUCAUCUCAUCACGGUAUCAUUAAAGGGAAAAGGGACAAAGUUUAGACUUUAUUCUUUAUUUAUUUAUUUAUUUAUUUACUGCAGAAGGAAACAAAAUGCAGGGAAAGUCGGACAGAUUCAGCUGUGAAUCAUUUGUUCUUCAUCUCACGUCAUUAUUAAUGUCACUGGAGAUAUGAAGGAGGUGUACAUGAAGGAGGUGUACAUGAAGGAGGUGUACAUGAAGGAGGUUUAUAUGAAGGAGGUGUACAUGAAGGAGGUUUAUAUGAAGGAGGUGUACAUGAAGGAGGUGUACAUGAAGGAGGUUUAUAUGAAGGAGGUGUACAUGAAGGAGGUUUAUAUGAAGGAGGUUUAUAUGAAGGAGGUUUAUAUGAAGGAGGUGUACAUGAAGGAGGUGUACAUGAAGGAGGUGUACAUGAAGGAGGUGUACAUGAAGGAGGUUUAUAUGAAGGAGGUGUACAUGAAGGAGGUUUAUAUGAAGGAGGUGUACAUGAAGGAGGUUUAUAUGAAGGAGGUGUACAUGAUGGAGGUUUAUAUGAAGGAGGUUUAUAUGAAGGAGGUGUACAUGAAGGAGGUGUACAUGAAGGAGGUUUAUAUGAAGGAGGUGUACAUGAUGGAGGUUUAUAUGAAGGAGGUUUAUAUGAUGGAGGUUUAUAUGAAGGAGGUUUAUAUGAAGGAGGUUUAUAUGAUGGAGGUUUAUAUGAAGGAGGUUUAUAUGAUGGAGGUUAACAUGAAGGAGGUUUAUAUGAUGGAGGUUAACAUGAAGGAGGUUUAUAUGAUGGAGGUUAACAUGAAGGAGGUUUAUAUGAUGGAGGUUUAUAGAUAUGUGACAGAUAUGUGUAUAAAAUAACACUAAACUUUAUUGUGAAUCAUUAUAAUGUGAAAUAAAUGGAUAUAAAAUACACAA